AAAGGUAUUAUUUAAAUCAUCAUGAUUCAACAUGAAUAGUUGGCAUAUAUGGAAAAAAUUCAAAACUAAACAAAACCACCGCUAUAGCAUGCAUAUGACCAAUGCGCAAGCAAGUUGAAAUCUCUCCCUCCAAAUUAUAUAUUCUCUCUCUCAUCCUCACACUUUCUCACCAUAACACACAAUUUCCUCAUACAAAAAAUCUCAUUCUCUCUCUCUCUCUAAACUCAUAUUUUCUUUCUUUGUUACUCUGUUUUUUUCACUCUUACCUUGUUCACCAACUGAACCAACUGAAGAAAGAUAUGCUACAAGUGGAAACACUAGUUUCAGCCUGUGCCGGCGGUGGUUCUACUGAUCGGAAAAUCGCAUGCGAGACACAAGCCGACGAUCAGAAAACGGAUCCUCCACCGGAACAAUCUCAUCCAGAUUCUCCACCGGAAUCCUUUUAUCUCUCCAGAGAUGAAGAAAACGAAUGGUUGGAUCGUAACUUCGUCUACGAACGCAAAGAAUCAACUAAAGGAAACUCAAAUUCAACUAACUUGAACCCUAAUUCUAGAGAUUCCAACUCCAGUUCCAACUCACAACGCUUUGCGAAUCUCAAAUCCAAAACAUCAAUGAUUGGUUUACCUAAACCUCAGAAACCUUCAUUCGACGCUAAGAAUCUACGCAAUCACAAGCCGAGUAGCGUUAAGCUUUUCCCUAAACGAACCGCAUCCGUCGGUAAAUCAUUCGUUGAGCCUUCGUCACCGAAAGUAUCAUGCUACGGAAGAGUCAGAUCUAAGCGCGGAAGAGCCUCUUCCGUCACUGCGGCGGCCGCCGCCGCCGUGAAAGAAAAAUCGGCGAAGGAAACUAAACGUAGUUUCUUUGGAAGCUUUCGUGCUAUUUUCCGGUCCGGUAGAAGAAAUAAACAUGAUCGGAGAAACGAUGCUCCGGUGUAUGAUUCAAGUGUAACGAACAGGAACAACGAUAGCGUGAGUUAUUCAAAACCGCGUGAUAGCACGGCGAGCUUAAACGACGUGUCGUUUGUGGAAUCGGUGAGAAAUAGUGUAUCGGAAAGUGAACCGCCCGGUUUGGGUGGGAUGGCGCGGUUUGCGUCUGGAAGAAGAGGUGAGUCGUGGGGAGUAGGUGAUUCUGAAAUCCACGUGUCACGAUAGUAUUCGUAGUUGGUAACCGUUCCGUUACGUUACGCGGCUGCUACUACAAAGUGGGACCCAUGCAUGUUGAAAGAAGAGGAUGAUGUGGCGCGUUGAAUGAAUAUACCGUUACUGUUGGGGAUUUUUUUUUUUUUUUUGUAUAUUGUGAUUGAAUUUGCUGAGCAACAAGUUUUGUUA